AUGAGUAUGGCCGUCUACAAGGGCUCCAAGGCCUGGCACAUGCGGCUGACCUUUGAACGGCUCUCAGGCGGUUGUAAUCUGCAUCGCUGCAAGCUUUGCGGCAAAGUGGUCACCCACAUACGCAACCAUUACCAUGUGCACUUUCCGGGCCGCUUCGAAUGUCCACUCUGCCGGGCGACCUACACCAGAAGCGAUAAUCUGCGCACGCAUUGCAAGUUCAAGCAUCCGAUGUUCAACCCCGACACCAGAAAGUUCGAAAACAUGCUCUCCCCCACCAUGGCGUCGCAAGCGGCUGCGGCGGCAGCAGCCAUUUCGGCAGCGGCUGCCGCCGCAAACAGCAGCUUCAAGCCCGAUUUUUCUGCUGCGGCCGCGGUGGCGAACAGCUUCAAGUCGGAGCAGUUUGCCAAUUACGCCCUGGGCUCCUUCAAGUCCGACUUCCCCCCAAUUCCGAGCUCGACCGCGGCGGCGGCAGCGGCGGCUGUGGCGGCGGCGGUUGCGGCUGGUGGUGGUGGUGGAGGUGGUAGUGUGAGCGGUGGUAUCCUUAGUGGCGUCGGUGACGGUGGUGGUGGUGGUGGCGGUGGCGGUGGCAGCGGUAUUGUUGGCGGUGAUGGUGGAGGUGGAGGAGGCGGAAAUGAUGGUAUUGGAGGUGGUGGUAGUGGCGAUGGCAGAAGUGCUGGUGGAGGCGGUGGUAUCAGUAUAGGCAGUCUAGUAGGCCUGGGUAGUGCAUCGGCCACCGCCGGCGCCGGGAACCUCGGUAGCGGCGGUGCGAUGGUGGGGAGCGGCGGGAUGUUUGGUGGCAGUGGGCGAGGAGGAGACGGUAAUGGGGGUGGUAGCUGCGGCGAUCUAUCCGACUGA